AUUCAGAGAGCGUGCUGACGGGUUCGGCUUACCGGUGCGACACUAACAUCUUUUCCGUAACGGACUGCAAGCCUGUCAUUCACCACCGCCAACCGUUGAUACAUUGGUCCUUUUUCCAAGUCAAACAUUGUCUAAUUUACGAAUUACAACUUCCGGCAGCGCGACUCGAGUUAAGAGUUGACUUAGCAACAGUAAAAAAUACGCAAUGACUUACUGACAGCCACUUGCAAACGUUCCUAUCGGAACGACCGCUCAUAUUCCUUCUGGACUCGCAAGCUUUUGAAGAACGAGAAACACCAACGAAACAAGAAAUCCCCACACCGGGUACGCCGCCAACAUCAUGAGCCACAACCAUGAUUCUAUGGGCUCUAUGGGCUCUACGGCCGAAUUACCCGCUCUUACAGAAUUUCCCAAGUUCUACUAUGCAGUCGUUGGAUGUGCAGUCGCCGUUGCCACACUGGUCAACAUCCACACAUAUGUCUUGUACCGGCAAAGACUCUCCACAGCAAGAGCAGGAGCACAAACACCGGCAAAACCAAAGUCAUGGUUCUCUCUCUGGAAUGCGACUUUGUUCGCCCUAACAAGGGAAGCAUCCAACUUCUCAGUGCGUAUACCGCUCAAAACUCGGAUGCUCAGACUGCCCACUGUCGGUCGAACGAGCUUGAUAGUGGCCAACGCAAUUGUUUUGGUCGUUCUUUGCCUUUAUGGGUUGGAUCUCAACAAUCAGUUCACUAGGGAAGAUGUUGGAUAUCGAUGCGGAGUUGUGACAGUCGGCCAACUUCCGCUCAUCUUUCUUCUCGCCAGCAAAAACAACCUUAUUGGAUAUCUCAGUGGAGUCAGUUAUGAACGCCUGAAUUGGCUGCACCGGUGGUGUGCUAGGUGCAUGCUCUUGACAGCGACCAUGCAUAUGGGCUGGUUCUUUAGUGCCUGGGCCCCAUACAAUUACAUAGGGGUACAACUUCGAGAGAACGAGCUUGCCUGGCGAGGAUUAGCCGCAUGGUGUGUCCUUGUAUGGAUUGUCUUCAGCUCCAUGACACCAAUUCGCAGCUGGUGCUACGAGCUCUUUGUUCUACAGCACAUAGCAUCAUUUGCGCUUUUCCUCUACUUUGUGUACAUCCACACGCCAGCUGAACUGCACAUCUACGUCUGGAUAGCCAUUGGUGUAGUCUCGUAUGAUCGCGUUCUGCGAGCACUACGAUUCGUUUAUGCCAAUAUAUCCCUAUUCCACCGGGUUCAGAAGAAAGAAGGCCGGAUGCAAGGUGUUUGGGCCUGCGAGGCUGAGUUUAUACCACUUCCGCAUGAUACUACGCGGAUCGUCAUUCGUGAUCCAUCUAUCGGCUGGACUCCUGGGCAACACGUAUUCUUGUCGUGCCAAUCGAUUGCACCUCUGCAAAAUCACCCGUUCACUAUUGCGUCCAUCCCGCAGGACGGGGUCAUGGAGUUUUUCGUCAAGGCGCAAAGAGGAGGGACGAGACGGUUCUUCAGCUAUGCACAGAAAGCACACUCCUCGCUAGAGGCAGCUUCAAGAACUAAACCAGUAACAAUCGAAGGACCCUACGGAACCCUCCGACUCCUCCGCCAAUUCGACAGCGUCAUCUUCCUCGCCGGAAGCACAGGCGCCACAUUCACCGUCCCCCUCCUCCGCGACAUCCUGCAAGGCUGGCAACAAAACCUUAAUCCCAGCAAACACACCUCAUUCCUCCACCCCCACAUCGGCGCCGUCACCCGCCACGUGCGGUUCGUCUGGGUAGUCAAGAGCAGGCGCCAGCUCGGCAUGUUUUCCGAAAAGCUCUCGACUGUAUGCGCAGAUUUCCAGGCGCUGCAGGACACGCUCAGAUACAUCAAGCUCGAGCUCACUGUAUAUGUCACGUGCGAUGAGGCGUUCACCGAGGAGCACAAGUCGCUUCUGUCGGGCGUGACGGUCCUGAAGCCCAUGGAAAAAACUUCGGAACAUGGGGUUGUUGAACUCCGCAAUCGCUCUUCUUCAUCAUCGUCAUUGUCAGAAGGAGAAACAGAGAAGAAAGCCCACGAAACGCACAUUUUACAAGAAUUGACCCCACCCCGGAACACCUGCGGCCAAAACAACACAUGCUGCUGCCGCACCCCAAUCGACGAGAUCACCCCCGCAGAAACCACAGCACCAUGUUGCUGCCACAAAGAAACCCGUAGCCCAAGUCCAAGCACAAAAACAACAUCGCUAUCCUCGCAGCAAAAGACCUUCCUCCACCCAUCCAUACAGGUAUACUCCGGCCGCCCGAAGACACGAGACAUUAUCCGCCGCUCGCUCGAGCAGGCGCUGGGCGAGUCGGCGGUCGUGGUGUGUGGACCGCAGGGCUUGGUGGCGGAUGUGAAGCAUGAUGUGUGUUUGUUGAGUGAUGAGCGGGCUGUGCAUAAGGGGACGGGGGCGCAGGGUGUGUAUCUGCAUACGGAGAGUUUUGGGUGGUGAGGGGGUGGUGUGUGUUAUUUUGUUAUAGCAAUGUAUCAACGUUCUACUUUGCUGGUGUUGGGCUAUGUGAUGAUGAAUCUUAAUGGCGCAUGGGAUUGGGAUGUGGAAGAUGGGCUGUUGGGGAUUGGCUAGACAGUGCUAGGUUGGACUGCUCGUGCAUGUUCGUCGGAGACCUACAGUAGGUCCAGGCAGCAAUAGUGAUGGAACCGCUGAUGACGAGUCUUGUGACAUGCUGACAUACAGCAAGCAAUCGAGAGAAGAGUAGUUGUUGAUCUGAUUAGAUUCAUCCAUGUCUCUCUAUGAUAUAUUCAUAUCUCAUUUCGU